GGUCACGGCCGCACGCUGUUCAUUUACAAUGAUUUUGUUGUUGUUGUUGUUGUCCGCGCUUGUUUUAUUUGUUGUUGCUUCGUGGAUUUACUUCCUUAGCGAUGUGAGGAAGUAUAACGUUCCUGGACCCACCCCGUAUCCUGUUAUUGGGAAUGGGAAUCUGUUUCUGUGCGAUUCUAAUAAGUUUUUGGGAAUUCUAUCCGAUUUGGCGGUACAAUAUAAAGAUGCUUAUCGCAUAUACAUCAUGUCAAACAGAUAUUUUGUGUUGUCACACCCUAAAUACAUUGAGCAACUGAUAUCAAGCACAGAAAUAAUAACCAAAGGAAUAUCCUACAACUUCCUGCGGCCCUGGUUAGGAGAUGGCCUCUUGACAUCUACAGGUCCAAAAUGGAGAAGUCAUCGGAAAUUUCUCACGCCGGCCUUCCAUUACAACAUACUUCACACGUUCCUUCCUGUCUUCCUGAAGAAUGGGAACAUUUUGUGCGAUACACUGAAGAAAAAGGCCGAUGGUUCAUCUAUAGAGUUGUUCCCGGUUAUGGCUAUGGCGGCGUUGGAUAACAUUACAGAAACAAUUAUGGGGGUGUCCUUGGACGCGCAAAAAGAAAAAGACUCCAAAUAUGUUAAGUCUAUUGACGUCGUAAGUCAAAUCAUGGCAACCAGAAUGCGACACGUGUUCAUGGGCAACGACCUGUUCUUCUCCCUCACACCACACAAGAGGAAGCACGACAAAGCGAUCGAGUUCAUGAACAGACACACGAAGGAAGUCAUCGACGCUAGGAGGAGAGAGUUGAAUGUCGCCAACGCUAAGAAGUUGGUUGAAAGUUCGGAAUUGGGUAUGAAAAACAAGCAUGCCUUCCUGGACCUGCUUCUAUUGGCCGAAGUUGACGGCAAACAGAUCAAUGACGACUGCGUCCGCGACGAAGUAGUCACAUUUAUGUUUGAAGGUCACGACACGACCGCAUCGGGCACAGUGUAUGGGCUGUAUUGUAUUGCGAACCACCCAGAAGUGCAACAAAGGAUUCUAGAUGAGCAGAAAGAAGUGUUGGACGGCGAUUUAAAAAGAGAUCCGACCUUUAGCGAGCUUCAACAGAUGAAGUAUCUAGAGUGCGUGAUCAAGGAGAGUCUCCGCUUGUACCCAUCUGUCCCCCUGAUCCAGAGAAUGGUUCCUAAAGACAUCGAAAUGACGGGCCUGCGGUUCCCAAAGAACACAACGGUCAUGAUCAACAUAUUCCGCAUGCACCGGAACCCCGACGUGUUCGAGGACCCCCUGCAGUUCCGACCGGAACGGUUCGAGACCUCCAGCAGUGCCAAGAACGCCUUCAGCUGGAUCGUGUUUAGCGCUGGGCCUAGGAACUGCAUUGGUCAAAAAUUCGCAAUGCUGGAAAUGAAAGUGACUUUAGCUGCUAUCGUGAGAAACUUCAAGCUGUCUCCGUGUGGCGAUGAGCCUGAGCCCUGUGGGGACCUCAUACUGAGGUCCAGGAAUGGGGUGCAUGUCAAAAUGGUGCCGAGGAAUUAA